CACCUCUGUCUCACCUCUCCUCCUGCUUCCCACAAGGCAAACGCUGCCAUGUCUCUCCACGCCUCACCCGCCCCCUUCCUCCUCCUCCUCUUCGUCUUCCUACUCCCCCUCCCCCACUGCCAGGCGGAGUCCCAACGCACCGAGCCCAGCAGCGACCCCGACCUGCGGGGCGUCUCCCCCUCCAUGUUCCCCUCCUUCUCCUUCCCGCCCUCCUUGUCUUACGCCUUCAGCAACAUGUCGAGUAAGAAGAACAAAUGUGAGGAGGUGCCGACAUGCAAGCCGGGCAUCCUGCUGCCCGUCUGGGUCUCCGACAGACAGGGACUCGGGGACCAGGUGGCCCGAGCCGUGGUCUACUUCGUGUCCCUCAUGUACAUGUUCCUGGGAGUGUCCAUCAUCGCUGACCGCUUCAUGGCGUCCAUAGAGGUCAUCACAUCACAGG